CAGUCGAGUUUUUGCCUUGCGCUGAUUAACACACAUUUUCGGGCCCCUUUGCGUAGAGCAGCAGCGUGUUGAGCUGAAGCGAGCCUACCCUGCACGGUGCGACGGCAAGAGUUCGGUUAGAGUUUUUCGCGCCGCGAUCCCUCCAAUCACUCGAGGUUCUAUUUGGAGAGAUUUUUUAUUUGAGAUUUUUUUUCGGGUUUCAGUUGCAUCAAUCGUCGUCAUUGACGGCAUUGGAAAAAAAAUCGAGUGUUCUCGGAAUUGUUGACUUGUGUGUGAUACAAGAGGUGACAAGUGUAUUCAAUCGAAUAGAAUCAAUGACAAUUUCGCGCUAAUUGAAAAACGCGCGCGCCGGUAUUUUUGAACGGUUCUUCGGGACAUGUGAAUGAUAUUGCAGUGAAGUUUGAGCUAUUGGAAGAUUUCAUGCGCUUCGUUGGGUUUCGUAAAAACCCGGAAUAGAACAUAGAGCGCCCAAGUGUACGGUGCGGUGAAGAGGAGCCGAGAGCCGUUCGCCCGCACCCGCGUGUGCAGCAGCGUUUCGCUUUUUUGGGUUCGUUUUUUGAGUCAUCGGUCUCUGUUGUUAUGCGAAUUAUUUUUUCGCUAUAUACCACAUAAAACGGGCGUCCUGCGCUACACCCCCGCAUCAUCGACCGCGUCCUCCGCUGUGGGACCGUUGUCGUAAAAUUCUUCGUACGUGAGAGCUUGCGGCGGCAAAGGUUUUUUUUUUGCGAAAGCAGUUUUUGCCCCCUUUUUCCACACUGUCUAUUGCCACCGAGAGAAGAGAACCCAAAACAACUGAGAAAAUUCAGACAUCUGAAGGGAAAACGUGAAAGAAAUUCUGCAUGGUGUGAGUGAAAAAAGUGCUGGAAAAACGAUUUGCACGGUUUAGCGAGUUAAAGAAAAAUAAACAAAAAUUCAAAAACUUCAAAGUGAUAAGACCGGAAGUAAACAGUAAGCGCGUGUGAUCUAUGUGCGACGCGAUAGGUGAGGUGGUUUAAUGUGGUUCGUGAUACCAGGAGUUGUGCCUUGCUGUACAGUUCUGUGACCGUUGAGUCGCAUCAAUCCGGCAACAUUGAUCUUUUUUCUUCGCAACCCGUCCCCGGAAACGGCUCCAAAAUUCUCUCCCUACAACAUCACCACCACCCCCAUCAUCCCUCGGCCGGCACCCUGGAGGGUCGAACGAUCGAGUACCGGCCCGGCGGCGGGUUGGACUACCACAACUCGCCGCUGAUGGCUGAAAUACCGACCGGAGACUACAGUCACAUCCACCGUUCGAUCGACCAGCUGCGGUCGAUGAACGAGCGUGGAAUGCUUGGUCAGCUGAAUGCCCUCACGGCCGGCAACUCGACCGACCUGCGAUCGGCCAUCGCCGUCCACGAGUAUAAACCGUACAUCAGCGAUUUGCGACAGCAGCAAAAUAUCGACCGGAUCGACUACGCAGCCGUGGUGCACAAACAGGCACUGGACGAGCAGCAGCGGAUAGCGGCCAAUAACAACAACAACUCGGAAAACGAUCUACGGCACCCGGAGGACCAGAAGCCGACGCUGCACUACAGUGCGCCGUCCACGCCGCCGACGCCGAUGUCCAUCAGCGAGACGCAGAUGCACGAUUCCAAGCGAUAUGGAAUGAAAACGAGCCGCAAUCGAAAGAUCUUCGCCAACAAGGGAGACCUGCAAUUGCAUGGUGGCCAGCUGCACAUGCGCGAAACCAAACCGUACAAGUGCGCCCAAUGUACAAAGGCAUUUGCCAACUCGAGCUACCUGUCGCAGCACACCAGGAUACAUCUGGGCAUCAAACCGUACCGGUGCGAAAUCUGCCAGCGGAAGUUCACCCAACUGUCGCACCUGCAGCAGCACAUACGGACCCACACCGGCGACAAACCGUACAAAUGUCGACACCCGGGCUGCCCCAAGGCCUUCUCUCAGCUCUCGAACCUGCAGUCUCACUCGCGGUGCCAUCAAACGGACAAACCGUACAAAUGCAACUCCUGCUACAAGUGUUUCACCGACGAGGCGUCUCUGCUGGAGCACAUACCAAAGCACAAGGACUCGAAGCACCUGAAGACGCACAUCUGCCAGCUGUGCGGCAAGUCCUACACCCAGGAAACCUACCUCGCGAAACACAUGCAGAAGCACGCCGAGAAGGAGGAGAAGCGCCGGAACCGGGGAAACAAUAGCAAUAAUAACAACAAUAAUAAUAACAACAACAAUCCAGCGGUGGCGGUUUCUACUCCUGGAUUAUCGAGCUCCGAUGCGACCGCUGGAUUGGCAGGCCUAGCUGGAUUAGGCCUCAACAGGAUGGGCGGCAUGGUCGGCAACGCAGCGGCAGCUACGUUAGUUGCUGCAGGUGGAGACCAUCCCUACUGGCCGAAAGUAAGCCCCGAUUCCGCAGCGUCCCUUGCCGAAGCUAUGCAGCAACAGCAACAACAGCAGUACGACUUUGCAAUCCAACAGCAACACGGCGGUAGCAGUCAAGGAGGUGGAGGCGGCGGCAGCAAUUCCGCAAAUGAUCAUCACCGUAAUUUGAAUGGCAAUUCGGGUAGCACGGACGACGUCGGCGAGGACCUGGUUGUGAUCCGACAAAAUCCUCAACAGCAACAGCAGCAACAUGUGAACAAUCAGACCCCAACCUCAUCGGCGGCGAACGUGGUGGUGACGAGCGGUUCGUACGACGCGUCGAGUGUUACCAAAACCACCACCAACUCAGCGUUCACGCCCAUCAACGUGAUGCCACCGCACCUGAACACCCUAGCGGCGGCACACCACCACCAACAACUGGCGGUAGCGCAGAGGCCACCCUAUCUGUACGACGCGCUCAGCUUCCAGAAUCAGAAAGCGAUCCAGCAAACGGCCGGCAAUGGCGGUGCUGGUGGUGGCGGUGGAGGCGGUGGAAACAGUUUUCCCAACCAGCUGAUUUCGUUACACCAGAUCCGGAACUACGCCCACCAGCCAUCCAGCGGGUUGAUCUCGGGCGAACACUUGCUCAUGGGUGGCGUCGGGAAGGUGGAGAAGCAGUAAAAGCGAGGUGAUAACUAGGGAUUAAGGGCACGUGAUGGCGGUUGACGGUGGGAUUACGGGGGGUUAGGAAGGAUUUUGUCUUGCGACGGUUCAGAACGACGGUUGGAAGGGAAUCAGAUCUUGGUUUGAGCUUUGUCAGACUAUGGCCGUUCCGUAGAUGACGAUCGUACAGAAACUAUGUACAAAUUAUAUUUAUAUGCCAAAAAUAUUAUUUGUUAUUGAUCGUUCUUUCCGGAAUGGCCAUUGGUGUUUAUUGAUUGGUGGAAUUUAUUUUUGUAUUCAUAGAGAGAUACGUAAUUACAUGCACAGUACACAACUUAAUAAGGUUUUGUUUGAAAACAUUAUAAUCGUUGCUUUAUUGAUUUUUAUUGCUAAUAUUGAAAUACUGAUUUGUAGCUUCAAUUUAAGAGCCUGGGCAUCAUUUAAAACUAGGCUUUCUUUUCAAACUUCAUUUCUUAACGAGAGGAAAAGCUCAAUAAUGUAAACAAUAAAUUUGCCAUUAGAGAGAGUUUAUUAAAUUUUGAAAAAAAAAUCGGUUGUUACCCUUUUUGUGACAUCAUGCUUUUGCUUGAAGUUCCCCAAAUAUGGAGAAUUCAAAUGUUUCUAUCAAAGUUGCAAAAUUCUCCACUGCUUAAAUUAAUCCUCAGCAUCACCUGCCAAAGCUCAAACGAUUUCCAUUCUCUUCAAUCGAGAAACUCUGAACGAAACACGUGAGAGGAACGACUAUUCAGGAAAGUAUUAAAAUGUUUUCUUCCAUGGUAAGGCCAACCAAAACAUAAUCCUUCUUAACAAAAUAGUCCCCUCCUUAUCAAGAUCUCGGUGAUUUUAGCUUGUAAGCGAAUUCAGACAACCACACCCAUACAAAAAGCAGUUUUCCCAUUUAAAAAUCGAAAUAAAAGCAAAAUAAAUUACCCGUUAAACAAAAAUCUCUUCUGGGGAUAACAAUCAUUUGCAGUUAGUGCCGGCAAAAGCACUUGGAAAACCCGUAAUUCUUUUGUGUAAAUAUAAAUUUUAGUCAUCGAGCACAAACACAGACUUCAGCAAUGACACACGGAAUCACAUCUCAUCUGAAUCUGAACCUAAAUUGUACCAAACGGUUUUAUUGGCCAAUCGAUCGAUCGAAGCGCUCAAAAGAAUGUUUUUCUGUUCGAUUUUGUACAUAAUGUAUAGUGAAUCCUUCGACUUAUGUUUUUCGUUCUUAACUUUUGCAUUUAAUUUCGCCUUAUCCUUCAGGAUGUCGGUCGGUAUCUAUCAUAUUCUUCACUCCGUACUUUUAUCAACCCUUUCACAGCAAGAAGGUCGGUUGAGGCGAACAGUUGGUAGGGAAAGCACAGAAAAGCGUAGAUUUAUAUUUCUUCGAACAGUCAUGUGUAACACAAAAAAAAAAUUCGAAACACAACGCAAAGCACGCAAAACAGUAUACUUAAAUUCACUAGUUUGUAAGAUAGUUUCUAUUUCAUUUCUUUAAUUUACUUCGAUCGGUUGAAACGAUAUUGUAUUAUAAACACAGAGGGUAGUAGCAUACAACUUGUAGCAAAUGGAGUAAAAUGGAUACAACAUUUCGGUCGUGAAGCAAACACAUUUGUAGAGUAAAUAAAAAAGGAACAAAAACUUAUAUAUUUAAAAAAAAUAUCAUAGAAUAUCGGUUAGGUGGAGCAUGAAUGAAUAAAUUUGAAUGAAUGUGGUAAUGCGAGCGCAAAUAGCAUUCUCUUCUCUUGAGGACAUGGAUCUAGCAAAUAUCUGAACCCCAAAUCCACGCAAUGCAUUCAAAGUGUGAUCUUUCUUUCCGUGUACAGACGAACUGGUGACUACGAGUAAUCCCCCUAGGACGAGAAUAAGAUUUAUAAAAGAACAUAAAUGCAACAGUAACAUAAUUGAAUAUUGAUAUCAUUGAAACAUGAAUUGCAAAUCCUCUUUACCACCGUUGAGUCGCAGGAUCUCUCGAACAGCAUAAAUAACUUUUCAGUAACGAUUCAACGGAAAUUCGAUACCGAUUCAAAUCCGAACAAAAAUGAAAUCUGACUGUGUUGAUUGGCGGUUUUAUAACUGUAAGAAAGAGAGAAUAUCCCUAACGAAUGUAAAACACGAGACAAACUGCGGUCAGGAUGGAAAGAGAGCAGGUGGAAGCGUGGUGUCGUAGAUUGUAUAAAACAAAUUUUAAAUUAAAUUUGAGACAGAAUAAAAAGUGGUUAUCUAUAAAAAAAUAUA